AUGGCGCAGAUCCCAAGCUUGGAAAAUGCUCCUCUCAAUCUCAAAUCCAUUAGGGAGAAGUCUCAGAGGGAGCUCGUAAACUUGCUUAAAGACAUUCGUGGAAGUAAGUGUCUGGUCAUUGAUCCAAAGCUCAGUGGUUCCGUCUCAUUGAUCAUCCAGACAUCUGCGCUGAAGGAGCUUGGUUUGGAGUUACGACAUCUUUCUGCAGAACCAGUUCAGACUGAAUGCACAAAAGUGGUUUAUCUUGUUCGCUCACAACUCAGUUUCAUGAAAUACAUAGCUUCUCACAUUCAGAAUGAUAUAUCAAAAGCGAUUCAGAGAGACUACUACGUUUACUUUGUACCUCGUAGGUCAGUCGCGUGUGAGAAGAUUCUUGAACAGGAAAAAGUUCAUAACCUGGUUACCGUGAAGGAGUUUCCCCUGUAUAUGGUUCCACUAGAUGAGGAUGUGAUAUCAUUUGAGCUUGAGCUCUCUGAAAAAGAUUGCCUUGUGGAUGGUGAUGUUAGCUCACUUUGGCAUGUCGCAAAAGCCAUACACGAGCUCGAGUUUUCUUUUGGAGUUAUAUCGAAAGUGAGGGCAAAGGGCAAAGCAUCAGUUCGUGUUGCAGAUAUACUAAACCGUAUGCAAGUGGAGGAACCUGUCAAUUCGAAUGAUGUGGGAAGGUCUGAAGUGGAUACACUAAUUCUACUGGACAGAGAGGUUGACAUGGUUACUCCAAUGUGUUCCCAGUUAACUUAUGAGGGACUAUUAGAUGAGUUUUUGCAUAUCAGUAAUGGAGCUGUCGAGGUCGACUCAUCUGUGAUGGGUUCUCAGCAGGAGGGGAAAAAGAUGAAAGUUCCUCUUAAUUCCAGUGAUAAAUUGUUCAAGGAGACGAGGGAUCUCAACUUUGAAGUCGUUGUACAGGUUCUACGGCAGAAGGCAACAACCAUGAAAGAGGACUACACUGAAAUUAAUUCUACCCAGACAGUUUCUGAGCUAAAGGACUUUGUCAAGAAGCUUAACUCAUUACCAGAGAUGACAAGGCACAUACAUCUUGCCCAACACCUGACAACGUUCACAUCCAAGCAGUCAUUUCUUUCGAAACUUGAUAUGGAACAGACACUUGUUGAGGCGGAAAGUUAUGACAUAACGGAACUACUACACAGUUAUGGGUUUGAGCAUGUGGCCACAUUGAGCAACUUGGAAAAAGCAGGAUUGUUGAAGAAGCAGGAGUUUAAAAGCAACUGGCAGACAGUGAAACGUACACUGAAACUUAUAGUUGAAGACACUGAUACGUCAAGGCCCGUGGAUAUCGCUUAUGUAUAUUCUGGAUAUGCUCCUCUUAGCAUUCGUCUUAUCCAACAAGCUAUUCAUUCUGGAUGGCGUCCUAUUGAAGACAUUUUGAAACUGUUGCCAGGACCGCAUCUGGAAACUAAAAGAAGUGGAUUCCCAAGUAGUCCAUCAGUUGAAUCAUUGCAUGGAGCUUCAAAUGGGGUUGCUGAUGGAAGACGCUCAAUUGUUCUUGUUGUCUUCGUUGGAGGUGUGACAUUUGCUGAAAUCUCUGCUCUACGGUUUCUCGCCUCUAAGGAAGGAAUGGCUUAUGAUUUGAUUAUUGCCACAACAAAAAUCGUCAAUGGCGCAACAUUGAUAGAAACAUUCAUGGAAAAACUGGGCUGA